UUGAUUCACACGCUGUAAAGUCCAGACACGCUAUAAAGUAUUUUUGUGAUGAAUGGUGAAGUGAAUGAAGCAGCCUGAUUUCGCCUUCUUUAGUUUGAGCUGAACUACGUCAACAAAUCCUCCAUGAAGGCCACAGAAAAACGUAGUUUCAGACUCUUGAAAUGAAGGAAAUUGGAGCGACAAUGCAAUCCUCAAAGAAAACUUUGACCCAAUCCUAAUUAGAACGCGGUGAAUCGGAAGACUGGAACUAAAGUACACUGUAGUUGCACUUCGGUUCACUUCGGUUCACUUCGGUACUUAUCGGCAAAAAUCGGAAACGAACUGGGUCAGUAGUUCGGAAUUUGCUAAACCUCGUGACAGUCAACAUUAGAAAACUCGUGGCGGUUGUGUCCGUAAUAAAGGCCCCAUGACAAACUCGUGACAUACGUGAUGAAUCACGAUCAGAUUUUCUAAAAUAGAAGCAACUUUUUCUUGUCAAAUUUGUGUUAUGGAAUCUAUCUGUUUUAUAUUAUGAGAAACAAAAUAAACAUUUCAUCUAGACAACUGCCGUCAAAUUGAUCACAAGUAAGAACCAAUCAAACUGCGAGAUUAAUUUCACUUAUGACAGUCUCUUCUAUUAUCCGUGAUUAGAGCGAGAACGUUUUUUCAAGCCCCAGACUUCCACGUUAUGUAGGGGACUGUGUACGUUUUGGGUGAAUUUGAAGCGAAAGCUGCCUGUACUUCUUCAGUGUGUCGGAAAACGCAGAAAUUAACAAAGAAAUCGAGGAAUUUGAUUGAUAUAUAGCUACAAAAGAAUGGAAGGAGUCGAAGAGUACCUUGAAGCCUUAACCAUUGGUAUCUCUGUUGCGAUAUUUCUUCUGAACACCCAUAGAUAUGACAAAGCCAUUGGCUUGUUUAAAGAGUGCUUGGUGCUUUUGAACAGUGAUGGGAUGAAAACAAUGCAAGCGCUUUUAGAUGUACGAAAGCAACUAACAUUGAUAGUUUACAGUAGGCUUGGAACAGCGUAUUACUUUAUCAAUGACUUCACAAACGCCAUCGACUACUAUAACAAGGUUCUGACACUCGCUAAAGAGAUGAAAAACAAAAAAGGAGAGUGCACCAGUUACGGCAACCUUGGAAGUACCUAUCUUAAAGCUGGAGAGUACGAAAAGGCGAUUAAAUGUUCCGCUAAAGCGCUUGAGAUCAGUCAAGCCAUUGGGCACAAACGAGAGGAGAGCAUCAACAAUGGCAACCUGGGAAGCGUCUACCAAUGUCUCGGUGAUUAUCCCAGAUCUCUGGAAUAUCACAAAAGAUCGCUCGAAAUUAACAAAGAACUUAGGGACUUCGGAGGGGAGGCUCAAGACUAUAACAACAUUGGUGAUGUGCACAAGAGUCUUGGUGAGUCAGAGAAAGCCAUUGAAUUUUAUGAAAAAGCAAUUCUGUUGAGAGGCCGCAUAGGAGACCGACGCGGGGAAUGUCACAGUGCUGAUAGACUUGCAGGGUUUUGCUCGUCUAUUGGUAAAUUUAAAAAGGCUGAGCCUUAUCAGUUGAGAGCACUUGAAAUAAGCAGGGAAAGUGGAGACAGAACCGAACAACGAAGACACGAAAGUAACCUUGGCGUCCUGUACGAUUCCCUUGGAGAAUACACGAAAGCUAAAGAAUGCCACGAGAACGCACUUCAAAUGUCAAGGGAGUUCGGAGAUGUGAAACAAGAAGCUGUGUCCCUUGGUAAUUUAGGAUCUGCUUAUGCGCGUCUUGGCGACUUCUUGAAAGCUCUUGAAUGCCUUACGAAGGCCCUUGAAACAAGAACAAGAAUUGGAGACAAACAAGGAGAAGCCACGCACCUUGGAAAUCUUGGUACAGCUUACCACGCCAUUGGCCAAUAUGCCAAAGCUGCAGAGCAUCAGGAGAAAGCCCUUCAAAUCCAUCGCGACCUCAAGGACAAAAAAGGAGAAGGUGUGAAUUAUGGAAAUCUUGGCGUGAUCUUCCACUCUCAAGGCGAAUAUUUAAAAGCCAUAGAGUACCAUAACAUGGCACUUCAGAUCAGGAAAGAACUAGGGGACAAACAGAACGAAUGCGGUGACUACACCAACAUCGGUGCAGCUUAUCAAUCGCUGAGUGAUUAUUCCAAGGCCCUCGAGUAUCACGAGAAAGCACUGCAAAUCAGACGAGAAAUUGGAGAUCAGCCCGGUUUGGCCAAUAGCUACGGUAACCUUGGAAAUGUUUACCAUUGCCUUGGUGAACACAAGGAAGCUUUCAAGCGCUACGAAGAGGCUCUUGAGAUCAGUGUCAGGAUCGAAGACAGAUCGUCGGAGACAAUACUUUACGGGAAUAUUGGGGCAGAAUAUAAGGUUCUGGGUGACUAUGACAAGGCUCUGAUGUAUAUCGAGACGGCACUAGAGUCAGCUGUGGAACUGAACAUGAGGAAGGAAGAAGGCACCCAAUACCGAAGUCUUGCUGAUUUAUUUCGCCUCCAAGGUGAAUACACCAAAUCGAUAGAACACAGCAAGAAAGCACUUGAGAUCCAUUUGGAAAUUGGAGAUAAAUAUGGGGAAAGUGAUUGUUACGAAAACCUUGGAUCCGUGUAUGAAUCUGUUGGCGAUUAUACACUCGCAAUAGAAAAUCAUGAGAAAGCUCUUCAUAUUACCAAGGAAACAGAAGACAAGAAUGGUCAAGGCAUGGCUUGUGCGAAGUUAGGUCUUUGUCUGGCCUGGAAUGGAGAUAUUUCCAAAGCGUUGCACUAUCUGUCGGAAAGUAUUGACCUGUACGAAAGCGUCAGACGCCCUCUUGGCGAUAGUGAUCACUUCAAAGUCUCUUUCAGCGACAGAAACGCUUUCCCUUACAAGCUACUAGUUUGUCUUUUGUGUCAGUCGAAAGGAGACUUAAACAAAGCCUUGUAUACUGCGGAGCUAGGGCGUGCGAGAGGCCUAGCAGAUUUGAUGUCAAAGCAAUACCUCAUCCAGGAGGGUGGCCAGGGACAAGAAUUGAAGAUAUCCGAUAUUGAAACACUGCCGCUGAAGAAUGACUGCAGUGUUAUUUUUCUCUCCUACCACGUACACGAACUUUUCCUCUGGGUGGUGAAACCAGAUGGAUACAUUACAUUUAGGAAAGUACCAAGGGAUACUUUGGAAGCGGUUGCUCAACGUAUCAAAGGUGUGAAUGUCGAGGCCCUUUUUGAAUCCAUGGUAGAUGUGACAUACGCGCUGUACAAGUUUGGACGAGGCAUUGACUGCGAAGACAGAUCACUGUUGAUGUUCCAAGCGGGCCAAACAGAUGAGCGCAAAGAUAACCCGCAAACACGCCUUUUAGAGGAGGAUGACCAUGAUGAUGGUGACGCGGAGGUUUUGCUUGACAGUGCGAGCGAGACAACUAUGCGGAUGUGGUACAAAAUGAUAGUCGCCCCUGUUGAAGACAUCCUCGAUGGCUCCGAACUCAUCAUAGUCCCCGAGGGCUUGCUCUACAGAGUACCACUUGCAGCCUUAGAAGACAGCAGUGGAAAACAUCUUUCUGAAACAUAUAAGGUCCGAGUUAUUCCAUCUUUGACAACUCUAAAGCUAAUCCAAGCAAGUCCAACCAAUUACCACAGUGAGACUGGUGCUCUGAUUGUGGGAGACCCUGAUGUUGGAAUAGUCCGUUUACGCGGAAGGGAGGAAUAUGUUUCUCGACUAUCAUCUGCCAAAGAAGAAGCCGAGAUGAUUGGGCGAUUGCUGCAAAUUGAAUCCUCAAGAGUCUUGACGGGAAGACAAGCCACCAAGCAGGCCGUGCUGCAGGAAAUAAACUCAGUGAGUGUGAUCCACAUUGCGGCACAUGGGGAUGCGGAAAGAGGAGAAAUAUGUCUUUCACCAAUCUGCUAUGGAAAUAAAGUCCCUGAAAAGGAAGACUUCAUGUUGACCAUGUCUGAUGUGUCAAACGUGCAACUACGUGCUAAGCUGGUGGUGCUCAGCUGUUGUCACAGUGGAAGCGGCCAAAUUAAAGCAGAGGGAGUCGUUGGAAUUGCUCGAGCUUUCUUAGGAUCUGGUGCACGCUCAGUGUUGGUGACACUCUGGGCUGUUGAAGACCGAGCUACGUUGCAGUUCAUGAAGCAAUUCUAUGAACGUCUCGUUCUUGGUGAGAGUGCCAGUGAGUCACUUCAGAAUACUAUGAAGUGGAUGAGAGAAAGUAAAUGGUACUCAAAAGUGAGUCAGUGGGCACCGUUUGUUUUGGUGGGUGACGAUGUGACAUUGAAUUUUAAAAAAUGAAACUCCCAGUAGGCUGGAGAAUGGAACUUUGUCACCUUUUUAUUGUCAUUAAGUAAUUAUACAGUUGUCAACUAGUCAGCUUAACAUGAGACGAAAGGCUGAGAGGGCGACAGAUCACAGUUUGUUAUACGGGUUAGUCUGUCCACAGACAUUUUAUUAUCUUUUUGCGCGAGACAUUUUUCCUUCAGUACGAGCGCAAAGCAGCGGGCGAAAGAAAACACCAGCUCCACCCCUUACAUUUUGGCUCGUUGAUGAUAUCCCAUGCGUUUAACAGCGGAGCUCCGGCGGCUCGAAGGGCGGGCAAGCGGAGCUCCAUAACUAUAGGAACAGAACCACAUGCAUGCAUAGCAACAGAAAACCAUGUAACCCUUUUUUCAUGCUCAGCAUGGCUAGCGGCAUGGCCAAAUGUAUGUUCAUUAUAACGAGGUUUCGUUGUAACGAGGCUCUUUUCCAUUUCGUUCUCGUUUGAAUGGUGUGGAGUUUGUAGGGUGCCAGUGUAUGAACUGUAUUUUCUAACUUAAAUUUUUAAUAUUACGGCCUCGGACUGGUUGCUCUUAGGAAUAUUUUAUAUCUUAAUUCUGAAUUUAUCUUAGCGAAUAUAGUAGUUCUAGGUAGUAAUGUUAUUGUAGAUAGUCGUGCGUCUUUGUCAUGAGCCCUUGGCUCGGGAUUUUGGGCAACCACUCCUUACGUUUACGACUUAAAAUAAAGUUUCCUUACCUUACCUUACGUUAUUCUUUACUAUUACUAGGGCCAGGAAAAUCGUUCGUUAUCCCGAGAACGUCGUCAUAUAGAGGUUCGUUAAAUUGAGGUUCCACUGUAUGUGCCUGACUAAAAAAUUUUAACCGAGCGAUCAGUAGAUCAUACCUAACUCCCAUCACUUCCUAAUUUUAAACUUCUUCAGCACUGGUUUGUUGACAUUAAUUAAGCGUCCACGCGAUUGUAAAUGUAACUUAGAGCUUCGAAUAGUCUAUCCAAACAAAUUUAUAUUUUUGCAGUUCUAAAUAAACUUUUUCUUUAUACAGAAGACUAUUACUUUUCUUGUCAACAACAUAACAACAAGGUAUCUUCCACAGGAAAAUAUCGUUUGGAACCGCGAGCAAUGGGAAAUAUCUCAUUUCCGCGGUGACUCCAGCUCAAAACGCUUUUAUCCGGCUCUAUCACACCAAAAACAUUUAUUUUCACUCUGUCAGCAAGCGCACAUUUCUGCGUUUAAAUAUUUCCAUGUUAUAAAAAAUGUCCUCACGUUUACAUCACGCAUGCAGAAAGAAUCCUUUGCAAAUCUUCGCGGCUGUCACCACGAAAAGACCUGGUUCUUGUCCAUGUACGUUCGAUAGCUCUAUUGUAGAAGAAAACCAAAUGCUGGGGGUUUGCAAUUUUCUCAAGAAGUCGGCCGAGUGGGAGCCUGGUUCUGGGCACCGACAUAAAGAAAAAACCUCGAGCGAAGCAAGAACCGCGCUCGACCCAUGGUCGCGCGGUUUACCGUCAAACCAAGUGAAGCUAAGUGUACCCCUCAAUAUUACAUAACUAACUGAUUAUUUGAAUAUUGAACCCGUUAACCGUAUUCUGAAUACAGCUAACGGGUUCAAUAUUCAAGUAGUCUAUUCAUUAAUGUUAUCUUGGCGGGUACGCUUUACUUGCUUUGACUGUAAUUAGGUUUCAGUAUCAAUCUUUAAAUAGAUCGCUUUCUGUUUGCUUUUUUGAUGUAAUAGACCGU